AUGCAGGGGAGAGAAGACGAGUCAAUUGCGAGCUGUCAAUUGCGAGCUCAAAUUCGUCAGCCCUUUCGCUUCUUUCGAAUUUUCCCCUUUUCUAACGGCCCGAGGGGGUCCAGGUACCUGUCUGGCGUCGAGUUGCUGUCAUCAGUCAUCCUUGGGGCUGUGCAGGUUGGGGCUUUAUCUCAAAUUGGACUACGGUACGACACACGCAGGGACUUUUCCACCACGAGCACUGUGAUGGUUGCUAUGUGUUGCUCAGGUCUGUCGACGAGGUCGGCUUAGAGCCCGUGUUUCCUCGUCAACUGGGAUCCUCUCAGCGCGGCCCACCCGCCCUCAUCCUUAAGGACUCCAGUACGCGCCCACCACGCAGCACCCGUCGCUGUGAUAUCCGCCUGCCUGCAUAUGUGCAUGCAGUCACAAGAACAAGACAAUCUCGAGAACAAAACGCAGCUGGCUGGGCUGGCGAGCAGCCCCUUCACGCCACGCCACUGCCCGACGAGUGGAUCAAGAGAGAGUUCGAGCCCGUCGCUGUUUGUUGCGCCCGUGUGGUGUUGGUUAUGAGUCGCAAUUUGUGGGAGGUGGACGAGAGGGCCCUGGUGUGCCAGGAGGCAACGCUCAAGGGCGAGGUAUUUAAUACUAUCAUCGACUUUCAUGCCGCGGCUUCGCCAAACUUGGAUGCAUGUGACGUGUCUGUUGUGCUGAUGGCGAUUGAUUGAUUCAUCCGUCACUGACGUCAGGUGUUUGUGGGUGCGGGCAGCGUCGUGCACCCCACCUGUUUUGUUGACGCAAGGGUCGGGCCCAUCCGGAUCGGUGCUGACAACAUCUUCGAGGUAUAUCAGCGAUAUCAUGACAGACAGACAGUGGGACAUUAGCUAUCUGUGCGUCCGGAUGUGUGUGUGCGUGUCUGUGUGUAGGAGCAAGUUGAGAUCGUCAACACGUAAGAAAGAAAUAAGGGCAGAAGGGAGCGAGGGGAAACGGUGUAUCUAUCGGUUCGGUGUGUCUGUGUGUGGCUGUCAGGACGCCUGAGGUUUUGGUCAUCGGCGAUAAAAACAUCUUCGAAGUCGGCACAAGUAGGCUCUGCGCACACACGCCACGCAACGGUGCGCUUCAUUAGCCAUGGCGCCAAUCUCAUCUGGUUCUUUUCCCUUCCUUGAUCAGAGGUGACGGGGGUGCGCUCCAUCGGCAACAGCAACGUCUUCGAAACGCGAUGUACGCGACCACCCGUGGGAAAUGGAUGGAGCCAAACACACGGCCAUGGAUUGGAUUUCUCCAAGCCUGCCUUUGUGUGUGCCAUCCCAUGCCAUGCCAUGCCAUGCCAUGCAGGUGUGCUCCAGCCGGGCGUCAAGAUAGGUGACGGUUGCACAGUGGGUGUGGGGGUGGAGGUGCCCGAGAACCUCACACUCGACAACGAAGGGGUCCUCUACGGACCGCAGUCGAGGAGCGCGGUCGAAAAGGAGGCAGGAUUCGUAAGCAGCCUAAACGCCACAGACACGGACAUCGAGAGGAAGUGCACAUGUGUCAUUCUUUGCUCUUUCGUUGUGUCGGUAUGUCAGCAACACGAGGCUCAGCUGCAGCGGCACCUAGAGAUCUUGCGUGAAACGCUGCCCAAGUCCCACUACCUCAAGAAGAACAAGAAGGAGACCGCAGCGACUGACACCUCUGCAGCAGCCGCAUCAGCCAGCCCACCAGCAGGGGCAACGACACCUUCAUCCCCACCUGUCCCCACCACCCCACCACCCCAACCAGCAGCACCAGAAACACCCGAAGCGCCGUCCAAGGCUCCCCGCGACCGCAUGAUCCCUCCCCGGCCGAUCGCAGUCUCGUCAAGCAGCGGACCGUCGCCCACUGCGUCGCCACCAGCUGCAGCUACUGCUGCGGCAGCAGGCGGCGCCUCCCCUGAAGCUGCUGCGGUGGAGAAACCUGCUGAACCGUCUCGUGAGGAGCGUCGGGAGAGGCGGCUGGGCACAGAAAGGGGCAGCAGGGGGGCCGCCACGGGGGCUGUGCCAGGGGCGGAGGGGGCCGCUGCUGCUGGUGCUGCGGCUGCUAGCGUAGGGGGAAGGACGUCAGCAGCCGAGAGGACUGCGAGAGCCAGCGCGAGGCCGUCCCGGCUGUCGGGAGCUGCUGCGGGAGCCGCGGCGGGCACACAGAGGGAGAGGCGGAGUGCCGCCAAGUGACAAGAUCCGGACAGAGAGGGAGGCAGGGAGGAGGUUGGUAGGGAGUGAGUGUAGCCAGCAGGAGGUGAGCAUGAACGAACGAACGGGCAGAGGGGAGUUGAGUUGCUUAGACGGAUGGAUGGAUGACUGCGUUGGCUUCUCGACGACUCGACUCGACACAACUCAAUCGUCAAUGUGUGCAUACACUCACGUC